AUGGAUCCGUAUGAGGCCUUGUAUGGACGGAAGUUCCAGUCUCCACUUUGUUGGUAUGAAUCGGGUGAAGUAAGCAUUUUGGGCCCUGAUUUGAUAGCAGAGACUACUGAGAAGAUUAAGAAGGUUCGGGAGAGAAUUCUAACUACCCAGAGUCAACAGAAAAGCUAUGCGGAUCAGAGACAGAAACCGUUAGAGUUUGAAGUGGGAGAGCAUGUAUUUCUGAGGGUUACACCGACAACUAGGAUCGAAAGGGCAAUCAAAACCAAGAAGCUGAAUCCGAGGUUCAUUGGACCGUUUGAGAUUCUGAGGCGAUUCAGGCCGGUGUAUCAAGUAGCUUUGCCACCUCACUUGUCUAACUUGCAUGACGUAUUCCACAUAUCACAACUUCGAAAGUACACGUUGGAUGUGGCUCAUGUGUUAGAGCCUGAGUCGGUCGAGUUGAGAGAGAACUUGACUUUCCAAGUAACGCCAGUGAGAGUUGACAACACUAGUGUGAAGAAACUGCGGGAAAAAGAAGUUUCUUUGGUUAAGGUUGCUUGGGAGCGAGCAGGAGUUGAAGAGCAUACUUGGGAAUUGAAGUCCAAGAUGUGA